AUGGACGAAUUCUGCAUCCCCCGAACCCAAAUCCCGGAGCGUCUCUACCGUGUGCAGCAUGACAAAUCCUUCACAAAUGAUAUUGAAGCUGGGCUAGUUGCGUCUGACGCGCAAACUUUUACCGAGAACACAGAGGAAUUCGCGCUCGCCGUCCAGUAUCAUAUCAAUGACUACAAAACUAACAGCGACACCAUGUUUAUCUCAACUUUUGCCAGCAAGGCUCAGGCCGAAGACUGGAUGUGUCGCAAAUGGCGCUUGUAUGGAGAAGGUGCCCAAAUCUUGGAGAUCGAAACUAGUCGUCUUGGUCAUGGGUACGUGUACCGCGCUGGUGAAGUGGCUCACACCCUACAGGUGGGCGUGGCACAGACAACGUACCAAGACCUUUACAAUGAGUACUUGAUUCUGCACUCUGUUCCUGCUCGCGCUAUCAUUGCUCGACGGGCUCGGAUGAUGACCCAUGGCUUGGAAAACAAGGAUUCUGUGGACCCCGCAGGAAAUGACAGCUCAGAUGCGACACCAUCAGAAAGAGCAUCGCCUGUGCCGACUUUCCAGCCGUAUUUGAGUCCGUUAGCACGGAAUAUGGCUAGAUUGCUUCAGACACCACGUCGGUCUCUCAUUCGGGGUGAGUCUCAAUUUUCCGGCACUCCGCGUGGCUCAACUUCUACGAGAGGCUCUUCGCAAGGGUCACUCUCCCCCGGCUCGCCAUUUAUUGAUUAA